ACAGUGGCCAGUUGGCUGUCACGGCGGCCCUCGGUUGGCCCUUUCCUGCUUUAUAGCGUGCAAACCUUGCCGCGUCGGGGCCAAGGGACAAGUUGGAGCUGUUGAUCUGUUGCGCAAUUGCUAUUUUCCCCAGGGCGGCUUUGUCUUUGGAUUUAGCGUUUCAGAAUUGCAAUUCCAAAAUGUAUAAAGCAGGAUAUUCUCUUCUCUGCUGUCAAGGGAUAUGGAUUUGAUUGACAUACUAUGGAGGCAAGAUAUAGAUCUUGGGGUAAGUCGAGAAGUAUUUGACUUCAGUCAACGACUUCAGCAUGAGCUGGAAAAACAGAAAACACUUGAAAGUCAAGAGAGACAAGAACAACUCCAAAAGGAGCAAGAGAAAGCCUUUUUCGCUCAGUUACAACUAGAUGAAGAAACAGGUGAAUUCCUCCCGAUUCAGCCAGCUUCACACAUCUCAUCAGAAACCAGUGGAUCUGCCAACUACUCCCAGGUUGCCCACAUUCCCAAACCAGAUGCUUUGAACUUUGAUGACUGCAUGCAGCUUUUGGCAGAGACAUUCCCUUUUGUAGAUGACAAUGAGGUUUCUUCGGCUACGUUUCAAUCGCUUGUUCCUGAUAUUCCCAGCCACAUCGAGAGCCCAGACUUCACUGCUCCUAAUCAGGCUCAGUCACCUGAAACUCUUGUCCUUCAGCCAGCCAUUGCUGAUUCAGACAAUAUGCAGCAGGACCUUGAACAAGUUUGGGAGGAGCUAUUAUCCAUUCCAGAAUUACAGUGUCUUAACAUUCAAAAUGACAAGCUGGGUGAGACUAGCACAGUUCCAAGUCAAGAAACCAAACUGACAGAAAUUGACAACAAUUAUCAUUUCUACUCAUCAAUCCCCUCACUGGAAAAAGAAGUAGGUAACUGCAGUCCACAUCUUCUCAAUGCUUUUGAGGAUUCCUUCAGCAGCAUCCUCCCCACAGAAGACACCAGCCAGUUGCCAGUGAACUCGUUAAAUUCAGAUGCCACAAUAAACACAGAUUUUGGUGAUGAAUUUUAUUCUGCUUUCGUAGAGCCCAGUAUCAGCAACAGCAUGCCUUCUUCUGCUACUUUAAGCCAGUCACUCUCUGAACUUCUAAACGGGCCCAUUGAUGUUUCUGAUCUAUCACUUUGUAAAGCCUUCAACCAGAACCGCCCUGAAAGCACAGCAGAAUUCAAUGAUUCUGACUCUGGCAUUUCACUGAACACAAGUCCCAGCAUGGCAUCACCAGAACACUCAGUGGAAUCUUCUAUCUAUGAAGACACACCACUUGGCUUCAGUGAUUCCGAAAUGGAAGAGACAGAUAGUGCCCCUGGAAGUGUCAAACAGAAUGGUCCUAAAACACAGCCAGUCCAGUCUUCUGGGGAUACAGUCCAACCUCUGUCACCGUCUCAGGGGCACAGUGCUCCAGUGAGUGAUGCCCAGCGUGAAAACACGCCAAAAAAAGAAGUGCCUGUAAGUCCUGGUCAUCGAAAAACCCCAUUCACAAAAGACAAACAUUCAAGCCGCUUGGAGGCUCAUCUCACAAGAGACGAGCUAAGGGCAAAAGCUCUCCACAUCCCAUUCCCUGUCGAAAAGAUCAUUAACCUCCCUGUUGAAGACUUCAAUGAAAUGAUGUCCAAGGAGCAAUUCAACGAGGCUCAACUUGCAUUAAUUCGAGAUAUACGUAGGAGGGGUAAGAAUAAAGUGGCCGCUCAGAACUGCAGAAAAAGAAAACUUGAAAAUAUAGUGGAACUGGAGCAAGACUUGGAUCAUUUAAAAGAUGAAAAGGAAAAAUUGCUCAAAGAAAAAGGAGAAAACGACAAAAGUCUCCACCUACUGAAAAAACAACUCAGCACCUUGUAUCUCGAAGUCUUCAGCAUGCUACGUGAUGAAGAUGGAAGACCUUACUCUCCCAGUGAGUACUCCCUGCAGCAGACGAGAGAUGGCAACGUAUUCCUUGUUCCCAAAAGUAAGAAGACAGAUGUUAAGAAAAAGUAGAUUUGGGAAUAUCUGACCUUUUUUGAGCUAGGGUUUUUUUUGUACUGUUAUACUAAAAGCUCCUACUGUGAUGUGAAAUGCAGAAAUAUACUUUAUAAGUAAUUCUAUGCAAAAUUGUAGUCAAAACUAGUGUAGAAAAUAAUAUAAAACUUUAAAAAGCAUUAAAGUUAUCAGUAUGCUGAAUCAAUAGUGUCACUUUAACUGCAAACUUAAUUUCUUAGAACAUCAUUUGGGCUAGUUUCUGUAUAAGUGUAAAUACUACAAAAACUUAUUUAUACUGUUCUUAUCUCAUUUGUUACGUUCAUAGAUUUAUAUGAUACAUCUGGCUAAAAGUAAAUUGUUGCAAAACUAACCACUAUGUACUUUUUUAUAAAUACUGUUAUGAACAAAAAAAUGGCAUUUUUUUAUAUUAAAUUGUCUAGCUCUGGCAAAAAAACCAAUUUAGUGGAAAAGCUGGUACUAAUAAAGGAAUAUUAUGACCGUUAAA